AUGAGCCGCUGGUUCAGUUUGAGUACAACGAAAGAGGCUGAGCCUCAGACUACGCGCGCAUUGCCUGCAUCAUGGUACCGCUCCUCAGCCAUGUAUGAACUAGAACGACGAGCCAUCUUUUCCAAGAAAUGGAUAGUGGUUUCACACAAGGCACGGUUUCCCGAAGUGGGUGAUUAUUUGCGCAUUACACAGGCCGGCUUUACCUUUUUCUUGAUCAAAGACCGUCAAGGCGAGAUUAGGGCCCAUCAUAAUGUCUGCUGGUCCUGUGGACUCGAUGGUAAAUUGGCCAAGGCUCCCAAGUACCAAGAGGUGCCAACGUUUGACAAGUCAACUAACAACCUCUACCCAAUCCAUGUCCAUGUAGACAAACUUGGUUUCAUCUGGAUUAACAUGAACGCCAGUCCUACUCCUACAGUAGCUUGGGGCAACGAAUUUGCCGGUGUCGAUACUCAACCACGGCUUCAGCCAUUCGACAUGGAGGCUUAUCACUUUGAUCAUCAAUGGGAGAUGACUGGGGAUCAUAACUGGAAGGUGUUGGCUGAUAAUUACAACGAAUGCUACCACUGUCCAACUGGGCAUCCCGCACUCAAUGCCCUCACUGAUCUAUCGAAAUACUGGGUCGAGACUGCAGGUGGCCAUAUACAGCACUUCAACGUCGAUAAGCCUGAUAAAGGCGGCAUGGGCAUUUACAGUACUUUCUACUAUCCUAUUGCCUCCAUCACAAUCUCACCCACCUUCUUCUACAUCAUGCGCUGCAUCCCCAUCUCCGCAUCACAGACAAAGAUGGAGUACGAAGUCUACAGAGCCAACAGUGCUUCCGACGACGAUUUCAACGAGAUCAGCGACUGCUUCAAGCAGAUUCUCAAAGAAGACAAGGAUCUUUGCAACGCUGCGCAAAAGAACCUGAACGCUGGUAUCUUUGUCAAUGGCGAGCUUCAUCCUCGAGUAGAAAAGGGUCCUCUCUUCUUUCAGGAAACUACCCGAAAGCUAGUCAUGGAUCAUCAUAAGCAGGAGGAGUCUGAGGGACAUGAGAUAUGGCCUGCUGCACCAAAGAAUGGACAGUCUGGGAAUGGGCAGGGCGACAUUGACUUUUGUAAUAAGUUGGAAGCAUGUGCUGGUUCUGAAAGCCUCAAGUGA